AUGUUUGUCCAAAGGCAAUGGAGGUUAGGGCCUGCUUUAUCUACAGUCUCAGCAAUUGGGGCUCCAGCUACGAUGCAUCAAUCCUCUUUUACACCCACGUCGGCGGAUCAAUAUAUCCUUCCUCACACCUUACCUCCAGCUUAUGCUAACUACGCACCUUCAAUACCCACCCGCCCCAGACUCCCUGCUUUUUUCCGAUCCAACGAACGAAUAAUUGGAGGACGUGGAAGAAACAAAAUAAAGCGCUACCAAAAGACGAUUUCUACAGGAACUAUCCAGUAUACGCCAUGGUUUAGUCACAUUAUGGAGAGCCAGGCUCAAUCGACAGAAAAUAAAUUUGGCGCACCAAUAAUUUCCGGAAAGAGUGUGCGGUUUCAUGUUUCAGGUCCAAGGCUCCCAAAUGUGAGCCAGAGUUCGGUUUACGUCCCUUGUCGGUGUAUUUUUUUUGAACUUUUAGCCUGUCCACAUCAACUGCUGCUUUCUCCGUUUUUACACUUCCAAUUAAAGCUCUUCUUUCCUUUCUUCAACCAGAGCUUCCAGCCCAUCUUAAUACCUUCUUUUGGCUUUUUCUUUUCUAAGAACUUUUACAAAGGCCAUAUACUCGUCAAAUCAAUCUUCUACUUUAACAGGUUUGUCCAAAUCUCGGUCCUCAAAAAGGACUGUGAAGCAUACUCUUUAAUUGCGUUUCUGAGUAGACUUAAAUCUGUCAACAUAAACCUAUCGAUUUUGGCACGAAAACAACGUCAGAAUGCAUGCCAUUUGGCCAUUCAGUUGAUUCAGGAAGGUAUUCAUCUUCUAUGUUUAAAAGCAAAGUUUAGAGGGACAACAGUUCCUGGUGGGGCACGCCAUUUUGAUUGUAUUGGACCACAAAUUGUGGCCUUGUUUCCGGCAUGGAAUUAUUAUAUCCGGUCCCUAAGGAUACAGAAUACUUGUAUCAAGAUUUUCUUUUGUGCUUUGAAAGAGUUAAGAUAA